CUGUUCUGCUCUAAGGAACUCCUGGGAGGAGGAAGGCUGCCGGGCGCCGGUCAUGGUAGUCGCCGCUGCUGGGCGAGUCCUGCUGGAUGCAGCGGGGAAGGCGUGUGCGCGGCGGGUGGCUCCUGCCUCCGGGCUAUGCUCCUGCUGCAGCUUGAAGGCAGGCGCCUAUUGCACGCUGGCCCCGCAGCAGCCCUCGGCUCCGCCUCCGGAUAUGAAGAACUACCUGUGGACGCGCUACAACGAGGCCAAAAAAGUGACUAAAGAGCUGGUUCCUUCAAUAAUGAGCAACUUGCUGAAUCCGGAUGCAAUCUUUUCCAACAAUGAAAUGAGUCUCUCAGACAUAGAAAUCUAUGGUUUUGAUUAUGACUACACAUUGGUCUUCUAUUCCAAGCAUUUGCACACAUUGAUCUUUAAUGCUGCCCGGGAUCUGCUGAUCAAUGAACAUCGGUAUCCUGCAGAAAUACGGAAAUAUGAUUAUGAUCCCAACUUUGCAAUAAGAGGACUUCAUUAUGAUGUGCACCGGGCAUUAUUGAUGAAGAUUGAUGCUUUUCAUUAUAUUCAGCUGGGAACUGUGUACAGAGGACUGAGUGUCGUCCCAGAUGAGGAAGUUAUUGCCAUGUAUGAUGGAUCCCACGUCCCAUUGGAACAAAUGAGUGACUUCUAUGGAAAGAGUUCGCAAGGUAACACCAUGAAGCAGUUUAUGGAUAUCUUCUCCUUACCUGAGAUGACUCUCCUGUCUUGCGUAAAUGAGUAUUUCCUGAAAAACAACAUAGACUAUGAGCCCGUUCAUCUCUACAAAGAUGUGAAGGACUCAAUCAGAGAUGUCCACAUCAAAGGAAUAAUGUACCGAGCAAUUGAAGCAGAUAUUGAGAAAUACAUUUGUUAUGCGGAGCAGACGCGUGCCGUGCUAGCGAAAUUGGCAGAUCAUGGCAAGAAGAUGUUCCUCAUCACGAACAGUCCUAGCAGCUUUGUGGACAGAGGUAUGAAGUUCAUAGUUGGGAAAGACUGGCGGGAUCUCUUUGAUGUAGUCAUUGUCCAAGCUGACAAGCCCAACUUCUUCAAUGAUAAAAGGAGACCAUUCCGUAAGGUGAAUGAAAGAGGUGUGUUGCUUUGGGAUAAAAUUAAUGAACUGCAAAAAGGACAGAUUUACAAGCAGGGUAAUUUGUAUGAAUUUUUGAAACUAACUGGAUGGAGAGGUUCCAAAGUCUUGUAUUUUGGUGAUCACAUUUACAGUGAUUUAGCAGAUCUGACCUUAAAACACGGCUGGCGAACUGGUGCCAUCAUUCCAGAGUUACGAACUGAGAUCAAGAUCAUGAACACACAGCAGUAUAUUCAGACAAUGACCUGGCUGCAAACUCUCACUGGAUUACUGGAACACAUGCAGGUUUACAGGGAUCCUGACUCGCAGCUGAUCUUACAAGAGUGGAAAAAGGAAAGGAAGGAAAUGAGAGAACUGACCAAGAACUUCUUCAACUCUCAGUUUGGAAGCUUGUUUAGGACUGACCAGAACCCGACCUACUUCUUAAGACGCUUGUCUCGCUUUGCUGAUAUUUACAUGGCAUCCUUAAGCUGCCUUUUGAACUAUGACCCCAAUUACACGUUUUUCCCAAGGAGGACUCCUUUGCAGCAUGAACUCCCGACCUGGUCAGACCAGCUGUGCACUGGCAACCAUUUGAUUCCCAAAAUGGUGGUCAGGUAAACGUGUUUCUCAAAGUUUGUAAGUAUUUUAUGUGUAUGAAAAAUCUGAGAUGGGUUUUCUGAUAUUGCUGAAUUCUUUGUUGCAUAAUUGAAGAACAACUGGCUGGCAUGACUCUGCUGUGUUCAAGAUUGUAAUUCCUUGAAACAGACUUCUAAGUAGAGCUGAUCUGAUUUUUCUCACCUUAAGUAGCAGUAUUUUAGGAGAGAGAGGAGCAACCACUCGCUAGAGUAAAACCUCCCUUUUGUACAGUUUGUAGCUGUUGUAUCCUCUGGUUUGACACCAUUUUUGUGUUUGUUUCACUCCUCCAUUAAUGUUCUCACAGUGUUUGCAUUUUUGAUUUGAUGCUGUGACAUCACAGCAAGGUAACCAAUUGAAUGGGUCUGUGUGCACACCUAACUAGGGGCUAAUGAAUCACAUUUAGACUGAGGGCAAGCACUUCUUACACUGGUGAUAAUGGUGAUCCCAGUACCCAGCUGGGAAUUGUUUCAGCAAUUGAGCACUUCUGCAGUGCCCCCCCC